AUGCAGCCACCAAUCGAUCCCAUCCGACCAAGGCAACAGCGGCGCGGCGGCCAGGAAAUGCACCGGGUCAUGGCUGCCGGCGGCCCCAACUCCCAAUUGAACGACGGGGUCGGCCAGUCAGGUGGAGUUGAGAUGCAAAGUGAGCUGCAGGGUCGACUACCACCAUGUCCUCCGAUGGCAGGCCUUGCCGGAGACAAUGAUGAUCCCCUGGCGGAGCCGUACUCUGGCAGCUACGCCCCCUCUGCAUCCUUUGAGGACAUGGCCAACGGCAACACUUUUCUAAAUGGAAAUGGAUAUUUUUCCAACAUGAUGGUUGAAACCAAUCUAGGGGAUUUUGAUAAUUAUAGCAACACGAAUGCUGACCAUCAGUCACAAGCAAUGCAAGUUAGUCCAGCAGUCCCCUCUGCGAGGCCAAACCACAAGAGAUCAAAGAAUUUCAGUGACCACGAAGAUGAGGUUUUGGUUUCAGCGUGGCUGAAUAUAAGUUUGGAUCCGGUCGUAGGAAAAGAUCAAAAAGGUGGCAGGUAUUGGUCUCGUAUCUGUGACUAUUUCCAUGAGCACAAGACGUGUCAAUCAACGCGUACCAUUAAUUCUCUAAUGCACCGGUGGGAGACCAUACAGAAAUGUGUGAACAAUUUUUGUGGAUGUCUAACACGGAUUGAGUUAAGGCGUCAAAGUGGUACUACAAUGCAAGACAAGGUUGCAGAGGCAUGUGCUUUGUACAAGGCCGAAGACCAACAUAACAAAGCAUUUCAGUUCAUGCAUUGCUGGGAUAAGCUAAGAACACAACCGAAAUGGCUUGCUAAACUUGAUGAAUUGGCUGCUGCAAAAACAUCUAACAAGAAGCAGAAGACAAGGCCUAAUGCUGAUCCGAGUGCAACUGUACCAAGUGAAAUAGGACAAGAUGCAGUUGAAAACUCAGAUGCUAAUGCGUUGACAAGGCCAAUUGGUAAGAAGAAGGCAAAAGCAGCAUUGCUGCAAGAGAAGAAAAAAAGUGUGACAGCAACCUUAGAAAAUAUGUGGGCACAGUUAAAAGAAACUGAUGAGGAGAAAGAGCUAAAGAAAGAUCAGAGGUUCAACAAAGCAUUUGCUCUAGAACAGGAACGAGUUGAAAAUGAAAAACUACUUCUUGAGGUGAGGAGACAGGAGGUCCAAUUGCAGAGAAAGAGGGAUGAAGAGAGGAUUAUGACCAUGGACCUUAGUGCCAUGCCAGAUGAGCAAAAGAAAUACUACAUGUGCUUGCGGGCUGAGAUCAUGAGCAGAAUAUUUAAUUAG